ACAAUUUAUUUUUUUUGUUGUAUAGCAGAAUAUUGAAAUGGCUUUCAAAAGGUGUAUGUACGACUAAAUAAGGAAAAUGAUAUCGAGAUUGCCUCAUGGUCUCAAAUGAAUCCUGGUCUCGAAUCAUGUGGCGCAGCAAUACUGAACGGUGGCCCGGAACGAUUCCAAGGAACAAGUAUGCAGGAUUUAACAUGCGCAUGUUAUCGUACACAUAUCUAUAUACACAAAAUCUUUUGAUUAAUCUUUUAAGCGUUUGUAAUUGAAAAUUGAAAUGUAAUUUUAUAAUCUUCAAUUUUUAUUUUAUAAUAUCCCAGAUUGCAGUAGAAUUGCUUAAUCGUUAAGUUACUUUUUUCUCACGUUCUUUAAGAUACACAACGCACAGUUUAGGAGUUUCGAAUGGUAACAAAAGUGUGACCUCACACCGCAUGAAACCUAUAUACUUUUGUUUAUAUUUCAUUGCAGAGUCGCUUUGUGAGACUCGAAAGACAAAUUAUUUUUCCGUUGUUCAUAUAAAUUUACGAAACAAGAUUUAGAAGAUUUUGACGAUAAAUAAAUCAAAAAUAUAUAAAAUGAGUGAAAAACGAGGCACAAAAGCAUUAGAACUUUGGUGCCGUCGAAUAACCGAAGGUUAUCCUGAUGUAAAUGUACAAAAUAUGACAACUUCUUGGAAGGAUGGCCUCGCAUUUUGUGCGAUGAUUCACCAUUUCCGGCCUGAUCUCAUUGACUUUGACAAUUUAGACAAGAAUGACGUGUAUGGGAACAAUGAAUUGGCUUUUAGAGUCGCGGAACAACAUCUUGGAAUCCCAGCACUUUUGGACGCAGAAGACAUGGCUUCCUGUGCUGUACCUGACCGAUUAUCAAUUCUUACUUAUCUUUCGCAAUUUUAUCAGACUUUUAGCGGUUCAUCACCAACACGACAUCCAGUGAGUAGAACGACUGAAACCACAGAGGAAAGAAUCACGCAAGUGCCUGACUCUCCAAAAGAAAAGGAGGCGUCGUAUCUGGGUAUGCGGAAAGAUCGCUGCGUUGUAUGCGGACUCCCUAUUUUCUUAGCGGAAAAAUUGGUACUCGCUCGUGUCGCUUAUCAUCGUACCUGCUUUCGUUGCGCUCGAUGUAACAAUCAAUUGACUAUUGGUAAUUAUUACGAAACCGAAGAAGGACAAUAUUGCUGCGAAACAUGUCCGGAUGAAGAAAUUCCGGUAGCCAUAACGCGAAAUUGCGACGAAUCUUCGCAAUUUAGUAGAGUUGAAAAAAACAAGAUCGAUUCGAAUUAUCAACAAUUUCUUAGUGAUGAAAAACGUAUAGAUAAAAGAAUAUUUAAUCUCGAUCCCGUUAACAAAUUGGAUCAUCAAGAUCGUAUUGUCCCUGACUUACUGGCACAAACUUCUCGAUUACGUUUUAAUUUCAUAUCGAAUCAAUUGUUGUUCGAAGAGGGUGAACAAAAAUUUCUCGUCAAUAAUACGCAUACAACGAAUGAAAAUCAAAACAAUUUCGAUCGUAGCACAAAUUUCACAUCUUCGGCUAAUUGUAAAUCCGAAAGCGAAAAUGAUGGAAAUAACGAACUUGAUUCUUCGAAAUUAGAAUCGGCUUUGACUUCUUUGAAAUUAGGAUCCGUUGACAAGGAAAAUGUAACAGAGACGAACGACUACGACGAUUAUUACGUCGAAUCAAAUACCAACGAACAAGAUGAACAAAAAUCUGCUAAUUCCUUUCAAUUCGAUUCAAUUACGGAUAAAUCAUCGUGUGAAUCUAACGACAAAAAAUUAAUAGAUCAAUCCGUUGAACAUAAUGGUCAACGUGAUAAGAACACCUCUUCUAUAAUCGAAAAAACAAUCAGGAUUUUUGACAAGACGAAGCAAGACGAAAUUAAAAUGUACAAUAACGAAGAUCGAGAUAUCGAAACGCUAAAUAAGAAGAUCGAACAAAUCGAAGAAUACGACGUAAUAGGGAAAAGUGAAAAAAAUUCGAUGAUAAAUCCAGAUACGACCGAAAGUAUCAUCGGUCAAAAUGCUGCUUUAAAAGAUGUUGUAAAUAUUGAAACAGACGAUUCGACGCAAAUGGAUACUUUCGAACAAUCGUUACCACAUGCGACCGAAAUUAAUGAAAAUUUAUCGAUUCUUUCGGAUAUAACAAAUAGGGAAUUCGAAACAUAUACAACGGUUGCGACACACAAAUUAAAUUCUAAUUUAAACGAAGAUUAUCCUGAAGAUUUGAAUCCCUUUAAAAGUGACGAAGAAGAAGAAGAAGAAGAAGAAGAAGGAGAAGAAGAAAUGGAAGAAGAAGAAGAAGAAGAAGAAGAAGAAGAAGAAGAAAAAGAAGAAAAAAAAAUUUCUGACAAAUAUGUUUCGACAAUUAUGAAUACUACAGAAAUUAGCAAAAUUUUGACAAAUCCAUUCGAAAAUGAAGAAGAAGUAAAAAGAAAAGAUAUUAUUCCGCCGAGGCCAGCGAUCAGAUCUAAUUUUAACGGUAAUACAGUUAAUCGGCAAUUUUCAAAAGAAAGACCAACAAAAAGACGUUUAGCCGCACCACAAAUUAAUUUAAAUCCAUUUUGGAGCGACGAAGAUGAUCAUAAUAGCGAUUUGGAAUCUAAAGAAAAAACAUGUGAAAUGAUGCCUACACCUAAACCACGCACAAUUAAACACGAUGAGGGGAUAAAUGUAACCGAACAACAAGGAUCGAGCCAAAUUCACCAUCAUUCGCUCAUAUCGAACAAUAAUCUAAGAAGUUCAGAAUCAAAUAUACGCAUUGGAGGAACUUACAGAAAAAAGAAACCGGCUCCAUUACCACCUACGAAAAAGGAAUCGUGUCUUUCCGAUCAACCUUCCAUAUCCAAAGAAUCAUGCGUACACGUAACACCUAAGAUGCGUAAGACGAAGCCAGCUCCACCACCACCACUACCAUCACUACCAUCAGCAUCAUCAUCGUCAUCUUCACCAAUAGUUCUAGCAACGUCUAAUUUUGAAGGAUCUUCUAUAAAUCGAUGUAACGCGUGGGAAGAUCAAAAGACUAAUAAAAACGAGACAAAUAGAAAUAGACAGAGUUUCACGCACAUGUCGUGCGAAGAAAAUUUCCAUUAUGUGUCAUAUUUAGAUAAAAGUAUAGAAGGAAAAUGGAAAAGAAAGAAAGGACCUGCUCCACCAUGUCCAAUACCACAUAAAAGAAAGAUAAAGGUAAUGUCCCUUAAAGAUGUUAAAUUGGAAUUGGAUGAAAUAGAAGUGCAACAGCAAGGACUGGAAAAGCAAGGUGUACGAUUGGAACAAUUGAUAAGAAGUAAAUGCGAAUCCGGAUCUAGAACCGAUAAUAUUUCUCUUGGAACCGACGUAGAAGAAUUGGUUUUAGAGUUAUUUACUUUGGUAAACGAGAAAAAUGAGUUAUUCAGGCGACAAGCUGAAUUAAUGUUGCUGCGAAGACAACAAAGAUUAGAAGAAGAACAUGCGGAGGUUGAAUAUCAAAUUCGAUGUUUAAUGAUGCAACACGAUUCGACCAAAACGGAUUUUGACAAACAAAGAGAAGAAGCAUUAAUACAAAGAUUGGUAGAAAUUGUGGAAAGACGCAACGAAAUCGUUGAUUGUUUAGAAAUGGAUCGUCGUAGAGAAAUGGAAGAAGAUUGGAGUAUUCAUCAUCAUAUGGAUUUGUUCGUUGCCAAAAAUAAGAACGAAUCAUCGUUGUGUAACGAUACGGAUAUAAUCGAGAAGAAGAAACGAAAACAAAAUAAACAAAAAGAAAAGAUAAAAGAGAAAAAACUGAAGAAAAUAUCGAAGAAAGAUAUCGAUAAGGACGUGGAUGAAAUUGAAUUAACGCUUAAACGACACACAAAGCGAAAAUGGUUUUAAUUCGAUGUAUCGAUGUAGCAUAAUCGAUAUAUUUAUAAACUGUAUCGUAUAAAUUUAUACAAAAUCGUUAACACAAAUUAAGUUAUUCUUAACGUAAAGUUAUAAGUUCGAAGAGAUGUGCUCGGAACUUUUCAUAAUCGAAAUCGGCACGAUGUCUCCGUCAAGUAUGUUUCGCGUCGCGAUGGGGACUCGGAAGUAUUCUUCUUAAUCUUAAUCUUAAUCUUAAUCUCGAAAGAUCGACGAUCGAUCGUAAAAUACGCCGUACACGAUAAGACUUGGCAUGCGCGAUUAGUAAUCUCGAUAUUAUUCUUACUUUGUUGUAUCUGAAUCGAUAUAUGAUCUGAAUCUCUGCUCCGUACAAAGUAUAUUCAUAUAGCGAGAUUCGUCAUUCGAUCUCGAGACGAAUCUCGUCGCGUUUAAGCUUAUUUACUUAUCAUGCCUGACUUAGAAAGUGAAAGGAUAACAUGAAAAUCGAGACGAUCACCUCGAGUAUUUAUUGUAUAAAUUACCGAUAGAAAAUAUUACCUCGAGGGCCAUAGGAGAGUUUUUAU